AUGAUGGCGGCCCUUGCCGAGAUGGACCCCGAGCUGAGAGACGUCCAGCCCCGGCCUAUUCCGCUAAAGUGUAUCCUGUGCCCGAAGAAGCCGUCGUUCUCCGACAUAUCCCAUCUCUUGACACAUGUCUCCUCAAAGUCUCAUCUACACCACAAGUUCAACAUAGAGAUGCGUGCCAAAUCAGAAUCAGGGGCUGAGGACACCCUGAGACGGUACACGAAGUGGUACGACGACAAUGGAAUUGAGACUCUGUUGGCUGAACGCCUCUCUUCCAAGGAGCAAAAGAAGACUGGACGGCGGGGUCGCCCGCGCGCCAACGUAUCCUCAGCUCGCCCCUCGACACGUCAGCCCAUACCCGUCAAAGCAGAUCCAGACGACGUCUUCACAGACGCAGAUCACUUGCCCCCGGUCGGGGUGUGGAAUACCGCUGGGCCGCACCGCUCCCUCUGUCAUCCUAACCCAAAUCAAGACCCGCGUUUGGAUGACUCGGCAUAUCACACCCCUUUGGCAAAGCGAAUUCGUUCACCAUACCAGCUAUUGGACUCUCCAAGUGACCCUUUCCAGAUCAAGUAUGAACGCUCAAGGUCGACCACCGAGACCUCCGACAGCCUCGUUGCUUCCGAGGUUACCACUGCUGUCACCACGGAGAACACAGACGAAGAUGGACACGCGAGCAAGCUUAAGGGGGUCAUCUGGCCCGGUAUGGACCUCUUCGACUCGGCCACCCCAGAUCAGAAACGAAAGCGCAAUCAGCGCAAGGACGGCUCAGUCCUUGAAAACAUGAAGAUGACUUCUCAGGCCGUCACGCCGACAGAGUGUAUUUGGGGCACAGAUGGGGAGUACCAGCGGAGCCGUGACAUCUACGCAAGCCCCUCUAUUGACGGUAGUCCUCUACCGAAGACUACUCGGAAGAAGCGCGUGCGGUCGCCCCCUGAAAGCCCCACAAAGGCGAAGAAGGGUAGGCAGCCCAGAGGCAGAAAGCCAGGGUUUGAUGAGGCGGCAGGCAAACGCCGGCGACAGCCCCUCGCCGACGUCACCACCACCCGGCAGACGAGAGCAUCUACGAGAGCUGCUGGACAGCUCAAGAAUAACUUCUCGGUCAAGACCGAUGCGACCGAUGAUGACCUGGACGAUAUGAUCAAGCGGGAAGAUGAAGCACCCUUUCCAACUCGCGGGAUCAUGAGAAACGCUCUUGAUGUUUUCGAGGAAGAGGCCCCUUGCAGCCCGGGUGAGCAGGUGUCAUGCUCUCCGGAGACCCUAGGUGUUGACCUGGGCUACCCAGGUCGCACCGAGAGCCCAAUCGAAGAGAAUGACUUCGACCUAGGACCACGCACCACGCUGCAGCCCAUCAACCCGAACCUGCUGCUGGCGUCACCCCUCCCUCUCUCGAGGCAAACUCCGGGUCUCCGUUUCUUCAACAACUCUAUUGACACGUCGACUCUCGGAUACCGACAACACUCGACUUCCUACUCUCAGCACUUUCUGGGCGGCGGUCACACCAUGCCGCCUAGUAUCUCUGAAAGCUUGACCUUUACCCCUUUGUACUCGCAAGCCCGCAUGGGAUUUGCGCAGUAUCAACCCUACGGCUCAGUCCUAUACGAUGAUGGGUCCAAGGAGACCCACGGUGGCUUGCAGUCACAUGCUAGCCGUCUGGACUACGGCGCCUUCUCUCUUUCUCAGCCAUCGAACCCAUAUGCUAACGCGACCCAACGGCACACCACGGAUUUCGAUAUUUGA